GAAAAGUCGAAAAUAAAAAAAAUCUAUGGAAAAUAAAAAAGAAACUAUUUGAUUUGUGCUUCUGCUAGAGAGAGAGAGAGAGACUUCUGAGAGAGAAAGGAUCUAAAGAGAGAAAGGGGAAAAACACCUAACAGAGAGAGCGAGCGUUAGUGCGUUAGGUUUCUAACCGGAGUUUAGGAGCCGGAACUGAGUGCGAUCUCGCCGGGAAAUUGGUGUCAGGUGGUAAAAAUUUAGGAUUUGAUUACUUUAUUGAUUGAAUUUCUAGAAGAAAAAUAAAGCAGAGAUGGUGAAUUCUAUGGUGGAAAGAGCCACGAGCGACAUGCUGAUCGGGCCUGAUUGGGCUAUGAAUAUCGAGAUCUGUGAUAUGUGCAAUCGCGACCCUACGCAAGCGAAGGAUGUUAUCAAAGGAAUAAAGAAGAAACUUGGUAGCAGGAAUUCAAAAGUUCAACUACUUGCCCUAACACUGUUAGAGACAAUCAUAAAGAACUGUGGGGACAUUGUACAUAUGCAUGUGGCAGAGAAAGAUCUUCUUCAUGAGAUGGUCAAAAUAGCUAAGAAAAAGCAGCCUGACUUUCAUGUCAAAGAGAAGAUAUUGAUUCUGGUAGAUACUUGGCAAGAAGCUUUUGGUGGUCCAAGGGCAAGAUAUCCACAAUAUUAUGCUGCAUACCAAGAGUUGCUGCGUGCUGGGGCAGUGUUCCCUCCAAGGUCUGAGAGCUCCGCACCUGUAUUCACACCUCCACAAACACAGCCUCUGUCAUCUUAUCCUCAAAAUCUGCGCAGUAUUGAGUAUCCACAAGGAGCGGCUGAAUCUUCUGCAGAGUCAGAGUUCCCAACAUUGAGCAUGACAGAAAUUCAAAAUGCUCGGGGUAUCAUGGAUGUUCUAGCAGAGAUGCUAAAUGCAUUAGACCCAGGGAACAGAGAGGGGCUUAGGCAGGAGGUUAUAGUUGACCUAGUGGAACAAUGUCGUACAUACAAGCAAAGAGUGGUUCAUCUUGUUAAUUCUACUUCGGACGAAUCCCUACUUUGUCAAGGAUUAGCAUUGAAUGAUGACUUGCAGCGAGUUUUAGUCAGGCAUGAAUCCAUUUCUUCAGGAACUUCUGCCCCAGGUCUGGCAGAAAAACCAAAAGCUGAAUCUAGUGGAGCACUUGUAGACAUUGAUGCUCCUCUAGUUGAUGCUGGAGAUAAUAAGGACAAAAAGCCUGAUGGGGGAUCAACUUCAAAUUCUCAAACACUAAACCAGUUGUUACUCCCUGCACCUCCUGCAACUAAUGGUCCAACUACUCUAGCAGCAGCCAAUCCCAAAUUGGACCUGUUAAGUGGUGAUGAUUAUAACUCACCAAAGGCUGGAACCUCUCUGGCUCUUGUUCCUGUAGGAGAACCACAGACGUCCACCCCUCUGUCACAGCAGAAUGCACUUGUUCUGUUUGACAUGUUUUCUGAUAGUAACAACGCUCCAAAUACAGCCAAUACACAGCCCACCAAUCUGGCAGGACCAACCAAUUCCUUGACUCCACCAUUCCAACAGCAACAGAAUUUUCAAACACCAGAAGCUGGUGUUUACCUGAAUGGAAAUGCCCCGAAUACAGGAUCACCACGAUAUGAGCAGUCAGUAUACAUGCAAGGCACUAGUCCUGCCUGGAAUGGACAGCUUCCCCAGCAGCAACAGCAGCCAGCCUCACCAGUUUAUGGUGCUCAAAGUAGUGGAGCACUGCCUCCACCCCCCUGGGAAGCUCAGCAAGCAGACACAAGUCCAGUGGCAGGCGCUCAAUACCCUCAAUCAAUGCAAGCUACUCAGAUGGUUGGCAUGCAUUCACAACCACUGCCUAGUGGUAUGUACCCUCAUGGCCCUCAGCCAGUGGGUAAUGAACAUGUGGGUAUGUACAUGCAGACUGCACCGAGCAAUCAGUUUUUAGGCAUGAAUCCUCAAGCAAUGCAGGGAGGGCAGUACAUGGGUAUGUAUCCACAACCAAUGCAAGCUGGGCCGAUGGCUUCAAUGUAUCCUCAGCAAGUGUAUGGCAACCAAAUGGCUGGAUAUGGGUAUGGACCGCAGCAAGGGACACAGUACCUUGAUCAGCGAAUGCAUGGACUGUCUGUUAGAGACGACAAUGGCUUGAGAAACUCAUCUUACCAGGUUCCAACUUCUUCCUAUGUGCCAUCUGGUAAGCCUUCCAAGCCAGAGGACAAGCUAUUUGGAGACCUAGUAGAUAUUUCAAAAUUCAAGCCAGGAAAAUCCACUCCUGGGAGAGCUGGUAGCAUGUGAAAACAUGAUUGGUUGCAUUUUUUUUAAAAAAAUUUUCUUCACCAUCUGGCAUCUUAUUUUCCAAUUUUUUUUUUUAAAUUUCAAUAUAUAUAUAUAUUUUUAUUUUUUUUCUUUUGGUCUAUUUUGGGUCCCAUAUUUGUGUUUGUUUGGAAAUCAUGUACAUUCUUUGUAGAGAGAAAAAAGAAGAAGCUGAUGCUCUCAAUUAGGUUGGAUUUAUGAUUUUGGGUUUUUUCAACAGUUUCAACUUGGACAUCUUUCUGAAA